AUGACAAAGGACAUCAGCCUCAAGGCGGCCUGCGCCGAUUCUUUCUACUAUCCUCAGGAAUGGAAACCUUCCAGAGGUUCUUUGGAUCAUUUCCAGCGGAAGAGAGGCUUCGAGCAUCACUUCGGCAAGGAGCGAACGAAGAACCUGAGCAAAGGAGUUCUGCUGAUUCGAUUUGAGAUGCCCUUCACCGUGCAAUGUUUAAGGUGUGGCCUCUACAUUCGCCAGGGCACUCGAUACAAUGCCGACAAGAAGAAGAUUGGCAUGUACUUCUCGACCCCGCUGUACGAGUUCUCCAUGCACUGCGGCAACAUCGUCAGCCCAGAGAAAUCUGCCAAUGGGCGGGCGCAUUGCAACCAGCGGCUUGUCAUCCGUACAGACCCCAAGAAUGAUGAUUAUGAGCUGGCCGAAGGGUUGCGUCGGAAAGUUGAAGUCUGGGACAACAAGGACUCCGAAACCUUGGAGCUUGCGGACCCAGAAAGUCGAAGAAGAAUGGACGCCGAUCCGAUGUUUCGGGUAGAAAAGACGCUCAGAGACAAGCAAAAGGAGCGAACGGACAAGGCGCGCUUGUCUGAUCUGCAGGACCUCCAAGCAGAGCGCGAAGAUGCUUAUGGAUGGAACUGUGUCCUGCGGAAAGCUCAUCGAAUCCGACGAAAGGAGGAGCAGCAACGUGAGGAGGAAGAGCGACUCCGGGGCAAACCGAACUUUGGAGUGCCGCUGGAGCCUGCCUCCGAAGAGGAUCUUCUCCAGGCAAAAAGCGUGGAGUACAAGACGGAUCACGACAAGAUAGAAAUGUCUGUGAGGCCUCGAAACAUUCCCUCACAGAAGAAUACGAUGUGGUUUUUUGGCCCGCAAGCCCAAAAGAUGACCCAAUCGCUGACAAAAGGGGGGACACCGCGACAUACCCCUGUUCAGACCCACAGCCAUGUCGCACUCAUAGGUUCGAGUACGAGCGUUAUGCGUCUCAGCGUGCGGGGGUCACGGAUCGUAGGGCCCGCGCCUCGUCACAAGCAAAAAGGACCCGGAUCAGUCACAAAAACAGGCGCGGAUCAAGUAGAGGGCCCGGGCAGGUCACAGCGGGGGAGCUCUGGCCGGCUCUGA